CUUAUUCGGGACCGUGGUCUGGCUUCCACAUGGGAGGAUGCCGCGUGCUGAACAUACGCUCAGCACGCAUCCACGAGGUACUUAAAGACCGUCUCUGUAUCUUCUGGCCACACUUACAGUCGCCAUGGCGUAUGAGCCAAGGCCCUCAACAGACCAAGAGUCUGCACCUCUCUUGCGAGGUGGAGAUGAUGAUCCUCCUCAAAGCGCUCAGUCACACUCUCCUCCCCCAUCUAUGUCUCGCAAAAUUGCAGACGUCAUCCAAGAGCCGCUCACAGGUCUCACCAAAGUCCUGCUUGUUGAAGUUCUCAUACUGCUUCUCAUUAGCUCUGUCUUUAUUGGCCUAUUCGCUGGCGCACAACACAAACUGAAUCUACGAAAUGGUAUCCCUGGUGGUGGAGACGGCGGUGGAGGUAAUACCACCCUGACCAAGACCGCAACCGCUACAGUGACUCACACGACUACUGCUGCCUCAACUAUAACUGCCUCAACUAUAAUAUCCGGUAUUAUAACCACCACCACUGCGGUGUCUACGGCGUUUUCUACGGUCUUCGGUACAGCCACUACGACCAAAAUUGCAACGACUACUGCCACGAAAACAUCUGUGUCUACCUCAAUUUCCACUUCCACUUACACGACGACAGAUGUUCACACGCGCACGGUGAUCGUCGGGCCAGAACCUACAGGACCUCCCGAGAAUCCUAGUCCGCCUCCAUCGGAUAAGUGCCUCACUCCAGAUUGCAUCGUCUUGUCUGCAUCCAUUCUAUCCUCGCUGGACACAUCACAAGAUCCUUGCGAAAAUUUCUAUGACUUUGCGAACGGUGGUUGGAUCGCCUCGCACCCCAUUCCGGGUGACAAAAGUGCCAUCACUUCCUUUUCGGUUCUUUCGGAAGAAAAUGCGCAAGUUAUUCUCAAAUUACUUGAGGGCGACUCAUCUACCCAACACGAUUCUUGGGAUGUCCAACUUCUUCGCAAGAUUCAUAUACUUCACACUUCAUGCAUGGAUGAGGCACGGCUUGAUUACCUUGGCCAAGAGCCGUUACAGAAGUUCGUCAACACGAUUCGGAAGCUUUACAGGGGAAAGAAUACCCAAGCAUAUACCAUGAAUCCGAGACAGGGCUUAUCCAACGCCUUAGGUUUCCUGCACUCUCGGGGUGUUGACGCACUUUUUGAGUUUAGUAUUGAAGGCGACUCUGGCGCUGAUCCGAACAAUAUGAUUCUGUGGUUCAGUCAACCGAGCCUGGGACUCCCCUCCAAGGAAUACUACAAGGACAAGAGCGUCCUCACCGUAUAUCAGGACGUCAUCGAGCGCCUCUUAUCUUCCUUGAGAGAUGACAAAGUUCUUAGUCAACAGAACCCAGGAGUCAUCCUUCAGACGGAACAACUCGAAGACAAUGUCUGGCCCCCCUGGCCCUGGCCACCUUGGGAUGAAGAUGGCGACGAUGAUGACAACGAGGAUGGUCGAGAACGUAGCCCUGAAGAUCCUUUCCAGAACGCUCGCGAGCUUGCGCAGAAAGUUGUCAAGUUCGAGACUGAAAUUGCGGAUGCAACACUCGACCUUGACAAGCUGCAGCAAGAUCCGUUCGGGACGUAUAACCCAACGAACAUCAACACUCUCAAGGCUGAGCUGUCGCAGAUCAACUUCCCGGAUUACUUUGCCACAUUCACGCCUCGUGCCUUCCCAAGUCGUGUUAUCAUCACGUACAAACCUUACCCGAACUCCCUAUCGGAGAUCUUGAAGAGGACACCAGCAGAUGUCAUCGAGGCAUACCUCGUUGUGCGCGCGUCGUUAGAGUAUGCUCCCAACCUUGGUCAGACCACUGAGGCUUGGAAGGCUGUGAGAACUCUACAAGAGACUUUAUAUGGCGUAAAACCUGAUCGACACUGCUUUGGGUUUCGGUACUGGAAGAUACUUUGUGAACCAGACGUUCCCUGGCGAAUCAAGGGAGAAAGCGACCAAGAUAUCAUUGACGCCUUUGAGAAAUCCUUACGCCGCAUCGAGUGGAUGGACGAGGAAUCCGCGCGUAAAGCUGCCGAGAAAGCUGAGGCUCUUCACGUCAAGGUUGGCUUCCCUCUAUCCCCAGACACGCGUGAUCCACGUUCCCUUGUCUCCUACUACACCCUGGUAAAAGUACAUGUGGACACCUUCUUUGAAAAUAUGCUCAGCGCUGCUUCCUCCGACAUGUACAAGAUGUGGCAGAAAGUCGGCAAGCAGAGAAAUCCCGACGAGUGGGAAAUGACACCAGCAACUGUGAAUGCGUACUACAACCCUCCUGCCAAUGAGAUCGUCUUCCCAGCGGGUAUCUUGCAACCCCCCUUCUUUUCUGAGAGCUGGCCUGGAUACCUCUCCUAUGGCUCCUUUGGAAUGGUAGCCGCGCAUGAGUUGACUCACGCAUUUGACUCCUCGGGUCGUCUUUACAACCAACAAGGAAAAUUAGAAGAGUGGUGGUCACGCCAGACCAGCGACGCAUAUCAGAUUCGCCAGGACUGCAUCGUGGAGCAAUACUCUUCGUAUACAGUCGAGGAUGGCAAGGGAGGACUCGUCCACGUCAACGUACACACAGGUCUGAUUCAGGCUUACCGGGCUUGGAAGGCACAGUAUGAAGAUUCAUACGAUGCCGGAAAAGAAUACUUGCUUCCCGGUCUUGACUACACGCGGGAGCAGCUAUUCUUCAUCUCGUUUGCACGUACAUGGGCAAUGAACAACAGGCCUGCUGACGCAGUUCGACGUGUCCGGUCGGACCCUCAUUCGCCGAACCGGUAUCGCACUGAAGGCACUGUUUAUAAUAUUCCAGAGUUCGCAGAAGCCUUCAAGUGCUCAAAGUAUGCCAAGCUUAAUCCACCGAAAGAGAAGAGAUGUAUCUUUUGGUCUUGAUCUGAUGUUUUCGAUACCUUGUCUCUAUGUGUCAUUCGCUCUCCUUUGAUGGAUAUGUGGUUCGAACACUGCACUCCUGUACAUUAUCUAUUCAAGCAUGUCUUUAUCCCUUUAC